CAACAGACCAGCAGCUCCUGAGUUCACUGAUCUUAAAUCACUGUUUUUCUAAAUGGAGUCUGGCUGUGAAGAGAGCAGCUCCCCAUCAGAGAGACCUGUCUCCCCCCAUCAGAGAGACCUGUCUCUCCCCAUCAGAGAGACCUGUCUCUCCCCAUCAGAGACCUGUCUCCCAUCAGAGAGACCUGUCUCUCCCCAUCAGAGAGACCUGUCUCUCCCCAUCAGAGACCUGUCUCCCAUCAGAGAGACUUGUCUCUCCCCAUCAGAGAGACCUGUCUCUCCCCAUCAGAGACCUGUCUCCCAUCAGAGAGACCUGUCUCUCCCCAUCAGAGAGACCUGUCUCUCCCCAUCAGAGACCUGUCUCCCAUCAGAGAGACUUGUCUCUCCCCAUCAGAGAGACCUGUCUCUCCCCAUCAGAGAGACUUGUCUCUCCCCAUCAGAGACCUGUCUCCCAUCAGAGAGACCUGUCUCUCCCCAUCAGAGACCUGUCUCCCAUCAGAGAGACUUGUCUCUCCCCAUCAGAGAGACCUGUCUCUCCCCAUCAGAGAGACUUGUCUCUCCCCAUCAGAGACCUGUCUCUCCCCAUCAGAGAGACCUGUCUCUCCCCAUCAGAGACCUGUCUCCCAUCAGAGAGACUUGUCUCUCCCCAUCAGAGAGACCUGUCUCUCCCCAUCAGAGAGACUUGUCUCUCCCCAUCAGAGACCUGUCUCUCCCCAUCAGAGACCUGUCUCCCAUCAGAGAGACUUGUCUCUCCCCAUCAGAGACUUGUCUCUCCCCAUCAGAGAGACCUGUCUCUCCCCAUCAGAGAGACUUGUCUCUCCCCAUCAGAGACCUGUCUCCCAUCAGAGAGACUUGUCUCCCCCCAUCAGAGACUUGUCUCUCCCCAUCAGAGAGACCUGUCUCUCCCCAUCAGAGAGACCUGUCUCUCCCCAUCAGAGAGACUUGUCUCUCCCCAUCAGAGAGACCUGUCUCAGGGCACCCAGCGGGCGUCCCAUGUACAGAGGGAUAG